UCCAGCGCCCCCAUCGAGUUCGUGUUUACUCCGCGCUGCUCUUUUCGGUUAGCUAGUUUAACUAACUGUGUUUUUUUUUGCCGCGGGUGCAACAACAACAAGUGGAAACAGCUGUUCGAGCUCGUUAAACGGCAGUAAAAUGAGCAUGGCAAGAGGUGAAUAACAAAACAAAGGAUAGCGUUAACAAAAGUGAAAAACAAAAGCAAAUAGCAUAAAGCAACAACUGCGGACGGGCGAGCAAAGGAAGCGAAAAGAAGAAGAGGAAGAGUUUGCGCAGUCACGUGUGCAGUCGACGUCUGCUGCGGCAGCGGCAGCGGCCGAGGAAAAUUCCCAUGCGGAAAAUUCACAUUCGCAUUUGCGAACGAAAAAAGCACCAAAGGCGAGACGGCGAUGAUGGAGCUGACGAAGAGGGAGCGAAAGCCACCAACAACCACUAGCAGCUGUUAGAGAGGGACAGCCACACCGCGUCAAUGUCUGACGAAGUGCCUUUGGGUCGCCUAUCGCAAAUCUUCGAUACGCUAACCAACCUUCAGCAGCAGCAGCACUUGCGUUCCCAGGAGCAGCUGCAUCCGCAGCAGCAUCCGCACUCGCAGCUACAGCCGGAGCCGCAGCAGUCGUCUGCGGAGAUCCGAAGGAGAUCAGCCUCGUCAUCGCCAUCGCCUUCGGCCAGUGCCUCUGCCUCGACAUCAGGGCGGGCCACGCCUUCCCUGGGUGUGGCCAGCCCUCUUAACUCAUUGCAAUACUACAGCCACGCCCACAACUAUUUGCUACGGCCGCAGGAAGUUGCCGGCAGCGGCUACCUGCACACCUUUCCCUCGCACUUUUACCACCACCAAGUCCACCACCUGCAACAGCACAGCCAGCCGCCCUCGCUGCCGACCCAAUUGGGCGUGGCACGUGGAUCACAAUCGCUGCAGGGAUCUCCGCUUUUGGCCAAGAGAGCCACCUCCUUCAGUGGCCAAAUACCACUGGCUCAGGGACGUUUCACUGCCGGCGGAACUGCAGCAGCAAGUGGAGCCACUGGACUCCCUGCAUCCACACCGAAUAGUCCCAGGCUCUUGCCCCGUCGAGCACCACGCCCACCGCCUAUUCCGGCCAAGCCGAAUCAGGUGAAGGCGGACCAGCAGUCGAAGGAUGCGCAGGCUCGGAACUCGACUACCACGACGGUUCAGUCCACCGUGAAUCCCGUGCUGACAGCUCUCGAUGCGCCGGAUGCCCCAUGGCCGCACUUUUCUACGCUCACCGAACAUCUGGACGUUCACCAGGUGAACAACUAUGGCCAGGCGUUGCCACAGAUCAAUUGGCAGGAGCGGUGUCUGGAGCUGCAACUGGAGCUGCACAGGUCCAAGAAUCAGGCGGGUCGUAUACGCGACAUGCUGCGAGAAAAGCUAACGGAGCUCGAACAGCGCGUCAUUGAAGCGGAAGAACGCGCCGAGGAAGCCGAAGAUAAGGUGCGUGCCAUGGAGCAGCGGCUGAGUGAGUGGCCCAAGCCACCGCCCCAGCAAGCUCAUCAUCCGCACUCACACUCGCAUCCGCACCAGCCAAUCCCCAGUCAUCCGCAGGAGCAGCAGGCCAAGAACCAUUGUUCUCCCAGCCAUCAGGCAGGUGGAGGUUCGGCAGCAGGAGCAGCAGGAUCGGGCUUACCGCCCACCCAGGAAACUGAGAAAACCAUCACGUCUCUGGAGAUCCAAGUGGAGGAACAGCGACAACUGCGACUGCACGACGCGCGACAAAUCGAAGCCAAGGCUGCCAAGAUCAAGGAGUGGGUAAACAACAAGCUCCGCGAUCUCGAGGAGCAGAACCAGCUGCUGCGGGAGCAAAACGUAAAGUGCAAUCAACAGUUGGAGUUGCUCAAGAAUCACAUAGCCAAUCAAUCCCAGCGGCAUAGCAUUGUAGGACCAGUGCGGAACAGCCUAAGCCUAGACGUCCAGGAUUUCACCGGGUCCGGGUCGAAUCCUGAACAUCGGAGGAGAAGCGAAAGUCUAGAUCCCCAGGAGAUCAUUGGCCGGCCGUUGACCAGCUCAUAUCCGCAUCACCAGCACAGGAGAAACCUUUCGAUGGAGCCCCAGGAACUGGAACGAAAUCUGGUGGCUGCGGUAGAUGGGUUAACCCUGGCUCCCCUGUCCAGCAUCUCCAGCAAAGCACCCGGAGGAGCCCCCACUGAAUCUAGGAUAGUUACCAGGCCAGACAGCUCAGAUACAGAUACUGCCCAUGAUUAUGCUGAAAUUUACACACCAUCCUGCGAAAAGCUUCCCGCCUGGAUGAAGAACAACCCGGCUCUCAUGGCCAGUGGUGGAAAUUCCAGUACUACCACAACCACCACCAGUGAGCUGGGUGUCCCACGGCCUCCGACACCACCUCUGCAUCGGUUCCCCAGCUGGGAGGCAAAGAUCUACCAGGUGGCGAACGAUGGACUGGCAGGAGCUGGAACAGGAACAAGUACCGCGGAAAGCACAGCCAGCCAGGAGACAGAUAUCCAAGACGGAAUGGGAACCAAUCUCUCUAAUGGUCGGCGACAUGGCCACGGUCAUGGAUCAGGAACUGGAACCGGAGAUGGACACGGUACCCUGGGUAGCACGCCGGGAACUCCGCUGCCACCGUCGAGGCAACAACAAACCGCCAGCGGCGGCUUCUGUGAUAUAUCCGUGCCCGUCUACGCAACGGUUAAGGGUAGAGCCUCGCAAAUCCGUUCGAUGCCAUUUACGGGCGAUUCAAGCGACGACUCCAGUGACGGGGAGGACCAUGCGGUUAUGCUCACCCACCACUCGCACAACUCCUCAAGCACGGACAAUACGGAGACCUCAACCUCCGGUAGCGCAUCGAGCCCCUCAAAGAGCCUGAAGACUUCGUCAAGUUUGAGUCCGGCUAAGCGAAGUGGUUCGGAGAGUCCGAAAAACGCGAAGGCGCGUGUCCACAUCCAUUCACGCACAUCCACCACGCCCUCCAGCCACAUUAACCAGCAUCUCCAACCAUCGCAACACCAAUACCUACACCACACACUGUCCAACCAAAAUCAUGGCCAACAGCUGGGGGCCUACACGGUGACGCCUUCGAGUCGACAGUUGAGUCUACCACGCUAUCACGCCAAUGCCCUUCAGCCCGGCAGCCUUCCCUCCCCUCUCCAGCACAUGCGAGGCACAGUAAUUUCAGAUCUCUCCUUUGAAUCAGGCCUCUCGGAUGACUAUGCUUUGCCACCCGACGCCGUAUCAGAGUCCACAUGCAUGGAUGCCUCGAUGCCAUCGCUGCUUAUGCGACAGUCCUACGUUGAUUCGCCCAGUAAGAAGAUCGAGUCGCUGGAGAAGAUGGGUCACUUGGCGAAGCUAGGUGGCAAGUUGAAGACUUGGCGCAAGCGCUGGUUCGUUUUGAAAAACGGCUCCCUCAACUACUGGAAGAGUCAGCACGACGUGCAGCGAAAGCCACAGGGUCAAAUCCAACUAGAUGAGGUAUGUCGAAUCAAUCGUGCGGAGGGAGCCUCCACCUUCGAGAUAGACACGGGCAAAAAGGUUUACUACCUCACCGCGGACUCGCACGCCACUAUGGACGAUUGGAUCCGGGUGCUCCAGAACGUGCAGCGGAGGAAUGCCACUAAGCUACUGCUCAGUCGCGACGACCAAAAGCCCACAGUGCAGGGCUGGGUGACCAAGGUGAAAAACGGUCAUCCCAAGAAGUGUUGGUGUGUGCUGCUGGGCAAGAUGUUUCUCUACUUCAAGGCUCCGGCAGAGACGAAUCCCCUUGGCCAGAUUAAUAUGCGAGAUGCCCGAGUUGAGGAGGUUGAACACGUUUCUGACUCUGAUUCCGAGGAGCGAGAGGACGCCGCCCAGGAUCAGGCUAGACUCACAGUUGCCAUCUAUCCAGCGCACCAGGGACCAACUUACCUGAUACUUUCCGGCAAACCGGAGCGAGAUAACUGGCUCUAUCACCUAACUGUCGUUUCUGGUGGCGGCCCAAGUGCUGGCACACAGUACGAACAGCUUGUCCAGAAGCUCAUGGAGACCGACGGUGAUCCUAACUGUGUUCUGUGGCGUCAUCCCAUACUGCUGCACACCAAAGAUACCAUCACAGCCCCGCUGUCCUCUAUGCACACGGAAACCAUGCAGCCUGAGGCCAUCAAGCUCUUCAAGAGCAUUCAGCUGUUUAUGUCGGUGGCGGUCAACCAGCCGGGCAUCGACUACCAUGUGGUGCUCGCCCAGAAUGCCCUGCAACAUGCGUUGGAUAUGCCCGAGCUACAGACGGAAAUGAUCUGCAUCCUGAUCAAGCAGACCUCCCGCCACUUGGGCCAGAAGCUCAGUGUCGGCGUCCAGGUAAACAAGAAGCUGGGCAAGCAAACGCGCCAACUACUGUUGUGCGCCACCCAAAGCCUAUUCACCUGUGAUACCCAACAGGCGGGCCAUGCUCAAGCCAACGGCAGUUCACCCACCUCCAUACAGGCCCCUUCCGCCACGCCCAUAAUCGACUGCAAGAGCAAUCCGCCCGUAUACAGCUUUGUCCAGGGCUGGCAGCUCCUAGCCCUGGCCGUUUCCCUAUUCGUUCCGCGUUCGAGCCGCCUUUUGUGGUACCUCAAGCUUCAUCUGUCCCGGAAUGCCGAUACCAAAACUGAGACGGGCAAGUAUGCCGCCUACUGCGAGCGUGCUUUAGAAAGGACCUUAAAGAAUGUAGGCCGCGAGACGAAGCCUUCGCGGAUGGAAGUGCUGUCGAUUCUGCUAAAAAAUCCGUAUCACCACUCCUUGCCGCACGCUAUUCCAGUGCAUAUGAUGAACAGCACGUACCAGGUUGUCUCCUUCGAUGGAUCCACCACCAUCGAGGAGUUCCAGGCCACUUUGGCUCACGAACUGGGCACAAGGGAUGCGACCAACGGGUUUUGCCUGUUCAGCGACGAUCCUAUCGAGAAGGAUUUGGAGCACUACCUGGAACCGCUGGCCAAGCUGUGCGACGUGAUCAGCAAGUGGGAGACGGCGCUGCGGGAAAAGGGAUCAGGCAAGUUUGAGAACUCUCGGGUGAUUCAACUUAGCUACAAGAACCGUCUGUACUGGAAGCAUACCAUCAAGUGCGAGACAGAUAAAGAGCGCUUGCUCCUCUGCUAUCAGACCAAUUCCCAGAUUGUCCAGGGCAGAUUCCCUCUAUCCAGAGAGCUGGCUUUGGAGCUGGCCUCGCUUAUGUCUCAGAUCGACAUGGGCGAUUAUUCGCUCGAGAAGUCAAGGGAUGUGGGUGUGGGCCUUAAGGGUCUGGACAAGUUCUACCCGUACCGCUAUAGAGACGCCCUAGGUGCCGAGCAGCUGAAAGAUGUGCAAGAGCUUCUGGUCUCAAAGUGGAUGCUCCUUAAGGGCCGCUCGACCUUGGAUUGCGUGCGCAUUUAUCUCACCUGCUGCCGGAAGUGGCCAUAUUUCGGAGCUUGCUUGUUCCAGGCGAAGCCCAGACAGAGUCCAGAAUCCAACACCGCCUCGGGAGCUACCCCGGUAGCUUGGUUGGCUGUCGCAGAAGAUGCUCUCAAUGUCCUCGAGCUGUCCACAAUGGCUCCGGUGGCCAGGUAUCCGUAUAGCUCCGUUAUGACCUUUGGCGGCUGCCAGGACGACUUCAUGCUAGUGGUUUCCCACGAUGACGGCGGAGGCUGUGAGCAAAAGCUUCUCUUCGCAAUGAGCAAGCCGAAAAUAUUGGAAAUCACACUGCUGAUAGCAGACUACAUGAAUGCGCUGGGACACACGGUGCCCGGGACUCCGCAGAUGAACUCCCUGACCAGGAAUGGGUCGCAUCGCUCGCUGAGAACCUCCCAACGGCCGACCUUGGGUGGUGGCUCAGCGGUGGCUACUGGGUUCUCUACAAAUGCCACCACAACGGCCCACAAUACGCUCAAUUCGCAUGCGACACACACGCUUAAUUCCAACCAUUCGCACACGCUGAGCAGCUCCCAUCACGCCGGCGGGGGAAGUCAACCGGGCACUCUGAGCUCGGGUCAUCAUCAGCACCACCAUAUCCAGCAGCAUCACCAGCCUGAUAUCCUGAAGAGCACGCCGGAUCACCAGAGGAUUAAAUAGAGAAAAGUAGGAUUGGAGGAUCUCAAGUAGAACGAUGGUUCCCUGCACCUUGUGGAUUACGGAAAAGAUAAUCAAAAAAAAGGGAAAUUAGAGAGGAUCGAAGAAAGAUUAAAGAGGAGCUAAAGGAUCACACAUUGUACAUAAACGGGGAAAAUCCCAGCAAAACAGACAUAUACAACUAACAGAUACAUAUGCACCGGCCUAGUGGCUACAAAUAUGAAACUAAAGAUAGAAAGAUAUAAAGAUAGGCGGAUGGAUAGCGAUAGCGGUAGAAAUACGACUUAGCCUAAUCGGCCUGGGAUGGAUCUUCAUCUCCUUGCGCACCACUCACUAAAGUUAUUUUCUAAGCUAACGACGGUACCCGUACUCUAAACUUUGUAAACCGCAGCAGCAGGCAUAUAUAUAUAAAUAUAUACUAUAUAUUAUUUUUUUGAGUAGUCCUAAGCCCAGCGUACCCGAAAGUGCAUGAGGUUAUGCGAAGAAACGAAAACAGAACAAGAAUCUCAAUAUUUAGAUUGUUCCUGUCUUAUUUAUUUACUUUUGUUUUUCUUAGUUUAAAGCAAAGGCAAUGCAAAACACACCUAUAGAAAUGAUAUGUUUGAGUGUUAUUGCUCUUCGAUGCUUUUUAAUGAAUCUCAAUUUGUAAUUGUCCCUCCAUGCGCAAAACUGCCUUCUGAAUUUGUAGAUGUCGGAGCCAAGAACGAGAAAAAUAUAAUUAUACAAAACGAAGCCAAAAAACAAAACAAGCGAACUAUAGUAGCAUUAGCAGAACCCAAUCGAGAAAAGCAAAUAUUUUUUAAAGAAUUUUGAGCCUAGUGCAGGCUAUCAACCAAGCAUCCCCAUCUAUAUCUAAAUAGUUAUAGUUACGCCCCGACCCGCCCCGCCACUCACGACUCGUAUGGUUUCCGCUUAAACUGGAACUUCGAUUUUAUAGACCACGUAAUUCAUUUUCGAUCCCACUCACCACCAGAGCUUCAGCAGAACCACAGCCUAGUACACGGAAGCCAGAGGAGGCAACAAAAUUCGGUAGAUCAUUGAUCUUCUACCCAGUUAAUUAAUUAUUGCAGACCACUUCACACAUCCCCACAAAGCAUAUGCAUAUGUAGUUAUAUAGAGAGCGUAUAUAUGUAUUCGGAUUCGAUAUUUCACAAAAUUAUACACACCAAAUUACGAUAUUGCAGUGUAUAUGGCAACAGCUCAUUUUUUUCCUAAUUGUAAAGAUUUGAUAUUACAAAUUUAUAUGCGCCGAGACGCAACGAAAACGGACAUUUAGCGGGACGAGAUGAGACCGGAUGGGAUCGGGAUCGGAUCAGAUCGAGAAAUUCAUUGAGAAGAAUCGUAAAUCGAAGGCUUGCAAGUGGAUAUAAACUAUAAAGGCGAAUGUAUCACAUCACACUCAGUGAAUCGAAAUAUAUAUAAAGGGAAAUUAUCGAUUAAAACUAAAUCAAAAACCA